AUGGCCCUGCAAGAUCGCAAGCUUCCCUUUGGGCUAAUCGAGCCCAACUCCACCAAGUACUUCGCCAGCUGUGCCUUAGGCGGCAUUAUCGGACCAACCCACACUGCCGUAACACCUCUGGACCUCGUCAAGUGCCGUCGCCAGGUCGAUCCCAAGAUUUAUUCCUCCAACAUCUCUGCAUGGCGCUCCAUCUUCGCCAAGGAAGGCCUGCGCGGCGUCUUCUUCGGCUGGUCGCCCACCUUCCUGGGCUACUCGUUCCAGGGCGCCGGUAAAUAUGGCCUCUACGAGUAUUUCAAGCAUCUGUACGGCGAUCAGCUAUUCCCACAAACCAACCGCACCUUUGUCUUCCUGGGCGCCUCCGCAUCUGCCGAGUUCUUCGCCGAUAUGGCGCUGUGCCCGCUUGAGGCCAUCAAGGUCCGCAUGCAGACGACUCUACCGCCCUAUGCGAACAACUUGCGCGAGGGGUGGAGCCGUGUUGUCACGAAGGAGGGGAUGGGCGGUCUCUAUAGGGGGCUGUACCCAUUGUGGGCUCGUCAGAUCCCCUACACCAUGACCAAGUUUGCGACUUUCGAGGAGACGGUGAACCAGAUCUAUAAGUAUCUGGGUAAGCCCAAGGAGAGCUAUGGCCAGAUGACCCAGACUGGUGUGAGCUUCCUGGGUGGAUACAUUGCCGGUAUCUUCUGUGCGGUUGUCAGUCAUCCGGCCGAUGUCAUGGUGAGCAAGUUGAACGCCGAUCGACAGCCUGGUGAGGGUGCCAUGAAAGCUGUCUCUCGAAUCUAUGGCAAUAUCGGCUUCUCAGGCUUGUGGAAUGGCCUGCCAGUCCGUAUCGUCAUGCUGGGCACACUGACUGGCUUCCAGUGGUUGAUCUAUGACUCGUUCAAGGUCUUCCUGGGUCUCCCCACCACUGGUGGACAUUAG